CUCCACCGCUUAAUCCAUCCUUUUCUUCAGCUCUCUCAGAUCAUAAAAAUGGCGGAUGUGGAGUACAGAUGUUUCGUCGGUGGCUUGGCAUGGGCCUCCACCGAAGACACCCUCAAUGACGCCUUCUCCAAGUAUGGGAUCGUGGAAUCGAAGGUCUGUUAGUCUCUGCGCAGCAGUCGGAUCUCGUCUCGACCCGAUCCGGCGUUGUUGACAUGAUCUCUCUGUUACUAGUUCUUCUACUCUGUUACUUGCCUUGAUUCAUCUACUCUUGUCUAUCUCUCUGUUACUAUUUGAUACUCUGUUACUUUCUCGUUAAACGAUCAUCAAUGAUCGCGAUACGGGCAGAUCUAGAGGAUUUGGAUUCGUCACCUUCAAGGACGAGGGCUCCAUGAGGCAGGCUAUUGAAGAGAUGAACGGCAGUGACCUUGACGGACGUAACAUCACCGUCAACGAGGCCCAAUCGCGCAGCGGAGGCGGCGGAGGGGGUGGAGGUUACGGCGGUCGCCGCGAGGGCGGUGGUGGAGGCUAUGGUGGUGGCGGCGGAUAUGGCGGAGGUCGCCGUGAGGGAGGUGGCGGAGGAGGCUAUGGAGGUGGCGGAUAUGGCGGUGGCCGCCGUGAGGGAGGCGGCGGAGGCUAUGGAGGUGGCCGUGAUAGAGGCUAUGGAAACGGUGGCGGCGGCGGCUAUUCCAGCAGGGGUGGCGGUGAUGACGGAAACUGGAGGAAUUGAGCUUCUGUCCAAAUUCAUCCAAUGGUCAUUGUUUUAACGUUCCUCCGUUUGGUCUGUUAGGCGGUAGUGCUCUGAUGUUAAAGGGGUAUACUGUAAUCCGUCUUUGGUGUCGCUUUGAGAUUCUGUUACUAUUCUGUCCGAUUUCGAUGGUGGUGUGUGAUUUACAUGUGGUGGGGUCUGUUUGUUACCGAGUAGUUCUUGAUGGAUGAUUUGCAUGUUCAUGAAAUUCUUGCUCUCUUUUUUCUUUAUAGUCGUUGAAAGCGAUUUUACUGCGGAUAAAAUAUACGUCUAGAAAUAUACGUCUGAUUCUAGAAAUCUUUUACGGAUUUAAAAAAUCGAAAUGAAUACACUUAUCAACU